CCCGUCCCGCCCCCGCCCCUGGAGCCCCAGUCCCUGUCCCCCACCCUCUCCAUCCCUCCCUCCUUCUUCCCUCCCCCUCUGCUCUCCUUGCGGCUGCAGCCCCAGCCCGGCCCUCCAGCGGGGCUGCCGGGAGGGCGGCGGCGGCACCAUGAGCUUUGAGAGCGACCACGGCAGCAGUUGGUGCCGCGGGGCAGAGAGCGGGUACGCCGAGCCACCUCCGUCGCCGCCGCCGCCGCCGCCGCCGCCGCCGCCACCACCACCCGGGGAACCGACAUCAGUCUCCGCUCCCUCGCGCUACCCGCCGCCGCUGCCCGCGCCUCCUGCGUCCCCCGAGCGCCCCGCGAAGCUCGACGAGCCGCCGGCGGGGGUGGUCCCGCGGCGCAGGGGCGCGGAUGAGCUGCCCCCGCCGCCGCCGCUGCCCCUGCCACCCGCGGGCCAGGAGGUGUCGGUGGCUGGCGACUCCGGGGAAGGUCCGAGGCGCCUUCCAGAGGCGGCGGUCCCCGAAGCGGCGGCGGGGCAGGGCAGCCCUGGGGAGCCUGAGGCCGGCGCGGGCGGAGAGGGCGAGCGGCAGGGCGCCGGCGACCAGCCUGAGACGCGCUCGGUGUGUAGCAGCCGCAGCAGCAGCAGCGGCUGCGGCGGUGGUGGCGAUCAGCGUGCCGGGCACCAGCACCAGCACCACCAGCCCAUCUGCAAGAUCUGCUUCCAGGGCGCUGAGCAGGGGGAGCUGUUGAACCCCUGCCGAUGUGAUGGGUCAGUUCGGUAUACACAUCAGCUGUGCCUGCUAAAGUGGAUCAGUGAGAGGGGUUCCUGGACCUGUGAACUCUGCUGUUACAGAUACCAUGUCAUAGCCAUUAAAAUGAAACAACCUUGCCAGUGGCAAAGCAUUUCUAUAACACUGGUUGAGAAAGUUCAGAUGAUUGCUGUGAUCCUAGGAUCCCUGUUCUUAAUAGCGAGUGUCACCUGGCUCCUCUGGUCCGCCUUCAGCCCCUAUGCAGUGUGGCAGAGGAAGGACAUCCUUUUUCAAAUCUGCUAUGGAAUGUAUGGUUUUAUGGAUCUAGUGUGCAUAGGUCUCAUUGUCCAUGAAGGAGCUGCAGUUUACAGAGUGUUUAAGCGCUGGCGAGCUGUUAACUUACACUGGGAUGUAUUAAAUUAUGACAAAGCCACAGACAUCGAAGAAAGUAGCCGGGGAGAGUCUUCUACAAGCAGGACUUUAUGGUUGCCACUGACAGCUCUGCGGAACAGGAACUUGGUCCAUCCCACGCAGCUAACCUCCCCGAGGUUUCAGUGUGGCUACGUGUUAUUACACCUGUUCAAUCGAAUGAGACCCCACGAAGACCUGUCGGAAGAUAACAGCUCAGGAGAAGUUGUGAUGAGAGUGACUUCAGUGUGACCAGAGUAUAGGAUGGUGCAGCGUGGACCACCCAUUGGAAUGUAAUUGCAAUGAAUGGCAAAACCAUAACACUUCUAAAAACACACAUCUAUGAACUUUUUAAAAUUUAUGCUUUUUAUAUGAACAUUUGAAUUGCAAAUACAUUUUUCUGAAAAAAUAAAAGAGUCCUCUUGUUUGCUUUCUGAUUUAUCACACAUUUUAUAAGUUGAUACUUGAAAUCAUGAUCUGUAUAAUUUAACUCUACUUGGUUAAAAGAAUGAUGAAAGUUAUCCUCAAGGCCCAAACUAUUUUUUUCUUGCUUGUUUUAAAUAUAU